CUAGGGAAACGUGGGCGUGGUUGGGGGUUGGAUGGGAAAACAUAAAACACUCCAGAAUAAUUGAAUUUUUCAAUUGUUGAUAGCAACAUUAUCCUUUUAAAUCUGAAUCAAACGAACCGAAGAAAUACAUUUGAUCGAAAUUCUUAAAAUUUGCUGCUGUCGUCAACCUCAACCAAAAUUCUAGUCAUGAAUUCGCAGAAGAUCAUUUUCCUGGCAGCUCGUCAAAACGCUUCCUUCCGGAGAGUGGCACUGGGUCCUCCGCUGUCCAGCAGUUGUUUUUGCACGCAAAAAGCACCACCGGCAGAAAAAGUGGCACCAACCUUGGUCGAUCGAUCAAAGUCAACGGUUGCACCUUCGAGCACGAAUCUGACCUUCCUUUCGGUGCUGAAAGGACUCAAAGACUCGCCGAGUCCUGCUCUACUCUACGGAGUGUCCGGCCUGAUCCCUUUUGUGGCCGUUCCUGCCUACACCCUUGCAUCGGGCUGCUACUGCCCCAUGCUGGGCACCAUUCAACUCUGGUAUGGAGCGUCCAUUUUGUCCUUCCUCGGAGGUGUCCGUUGGGGACAUGCCCUGCGUCCAGGUGGCGAGUUGACCAUGCAGAAUCUGGGCGUGAGCGUGACUCCGUCCCUGGCAGCCGUCGCUGCUUUGGCGGCCCCGUACCCAGCAGGCGUGCUAGCCACGGCAACCGCCCUUUCGGCCGUGGCCUACGUCGACCUGGCCAAGGACUGCCCGUACCCGCACUGGUUCAAGUCAAUGCGUGUCCUGCUCUCCUCAGUGGCCGUCACAUCCCUGCUCGCCACCUUCGUCCUCAGCUACACCCACAAGAAGCAGAAAGAACAGUCAAAACCCACUGGCCAGUGAUAUAAUUAUGCCAAGAUCUUCGAAUACUUAUUUAUUGUGCAAAUAAAUCUCAGCGCUUACAACUAGAAACUAUAAAUCAAAAAGUUGUUUUAGUAUUUUACGUAUAUUAAUACUUUUUCAUUUGUCAAACGAAGAGAUUAUCAGUUAUAAAUUCUUAUAUUAUUUCAGCUGA